AUGGAUACCGACGCGCCGCUGGCGCCCGGCACGCCCAGGACUCGGCGCCACACCCCGGCGCCGGCCCUGCCACGCCAGGUGGAGGCCCGGCGCUUCGCCACACACUUCCCCAAGAGUCGGUUUCGGCCGCGCGCCCGCGACGGGCCUCUCGUGGAGGCAUACCUCCGGGCCUUGUCCAGCCAGGCACACUCCUCCUUCGCCUUCCACCAGCGGAACACCGGCUCCUUCCGACAUCUGCACGCGUCCAAGGCGGCGCCCCCCUUGUCGCUGACGAUUGAUCGGUUUCUCUUCGACCGCAUCGGCGGGAAUAUGUAUGCCCAGGCCCGGUGCCUGCCCCGCGAGGCCCAGGCCCUUGCCCAGGCGCGGCAGCAUGCCAGCCAGGCGCGCUUCGCCGGGCAAUUCUUCGGCCGGCCCGUGGCGCUGGUCCUGCCGUACGCCCAUGUGGCGGCUCUGCGGCAGGAGCUGCUGCUUGGAACGGCCCCGGUGGCCGGUGGCCGGGCCGAGAUGCUGGGGCUGCUGGCCGGCCGGCCGGUUGACAUGCCGGCCGCCAGCCCGCCGCUGACCGUGCACCUGCGCCUUGGCAGCUGCCUCGCCUCGCCCCUGCCCCCGGGCCCCGAGGAGGCCGGGUACUUCAUGUUUUGCGACCACUUCUACUUCGACGACCCGAGCCCCCGACGGCCGGGCAAUGUCCCCCGUCCCGGUGAUGAUGACCAGCGCCCUUGGCCCGGGGUGUUCCCGCCAGCCGGGGCCAGCGGGCCACAGGCUCCGGACCCCGGGCGCGCCGCCGGCCCGGUGCCGCCUGGCAGCCCUGCCCAGCCGGCGGCAGCUUCCCCCGGGCCGGCGGCACCGACGACGCCCCCGGCAGCCGGCCCCGACCUCGGCCCCCCGCGACAGGCGCGCCGGACCCCCUUCAUCCCCUUCGGCGGGUCGCGGGACUUCCUCCGACAAACAUAG